AUGGGAUCACACCUUGGAUUCCAGAUCCACAAGACCACAACCAGCAUCCCGCUCACGGACGCACGGUGCACUGGGAUGGGGUCGUUGACCAGCACUGGCCCCGCGCCACCCAGAGCGCGGCCGCACGUCGUGCUUCUGGCCAGCCCCGGCGCCGGCCACCUCAUUCCAAUGGCCGAGCUGGCGCGGCGGCUCGUGGAGCUCCAUGGCUUCGCGGCCACGAUCGUCACCUUCACCAACCUCUCCGGCUCGCCAGGCCAGCUUCUCCCGCGCCUCCCCGCCUCCGUCGCCACCGCCGCGCUCCCCGCCGUCCGGAUGGACGACCUCCCCGCCGACGCCCACGACGGGUUCGUGCUCCUGGAGCUCGUCCGCCGCUCCGUCCCCAACAUCCGCGCCCUCCUCCGCUCCAUCAACGACGGCUCCAGUGCCGCCCCGCUCGCCGCGCUGGUGCCCGACUUCCUCUGCUCCGUGGCGCUGCCCGUCGCCGCCGAGCUCGGCGUCCCGGGGUACCUCUUCAUCCCUAGCAACCUGGCCUUGGUCGCCCUCACGCGCCACAUCCUUGAGCUCCACGAGGACGCCGCCCCGGGCGAGUACCGUGACCUCCCGGUGCCUCUCGAGCUUCUCGGCGGCGUCUCGCUGUGCCGCGAGGACCUCCCCGACGGGUGCGGCAGUUCCAGGCACCCGGGUUACGAACAGGUUGUCGAGUUGGGCCGGAGGAUCCGCGCUGCCGAUGGCAUACUGGUUAACACGUUCUACGAGAUGGAACCUGGCACCGCGGAAGCGUUCAAGCGGCUGGCCGUGCCAGAGCAAGCUGCGGGCGCGUUCCUCUUCCCGCCGGUGUUCCCGGUGGGGCCAUUCGUCCGGGGGCCAGAUCCCGACGAAGCCGCCGUGGGCGCGUCGUCGCCAUGCUUGGAGUGGCUCGACCGUCAGCCGGUCGGUUCUGUGGUGUACGUCGCCUUCGGGAGCGGCGGGGCACUUUCCGUGGAGCAGACGGCCGAGCUCGCGGCUGGUCUCGAGGCGAGCGGCCAAAGAUUUCUUUGGGUCGUGCGGAUGCCAAGAACCGACGGCGCCGACGACGAGGACGAUCCAUUGGCGUGGCUCCCCGAGGGCUUCUUGGGGAGGACGCGAGGCAGGGGCCUGGCCGUCGCGGCGUGGGCGCCUCAGGUGCGCGUGCUGUCCCACCCCGCGACCGCCGUCUUCGUAUCGCACUGCGGGUGGAACUCAAUACUGGAGAGCGUGGGGUGCGGCGUGCCCAUGCUCGCGUGGCCGCUGUAUGCAAAGCAGAGCAUGAACGCCGUCAUUCUGGAAGAGAGGCUUGGAGUGGCAUUGCGAGUGGCGCCGGACGUCGGAUGCUUGGUGACCCGCCAUGAGAUCGCCACCGUCGUGAAGGAGCUCGUGGAGGGGGAUCAGAAGCUGCGGCGCUGGGCCGAGGACCUGCAGAAAGCGGCAGCACGUGCGUGGUCGCCGGAGGGGCCGUCGCGCCGUGCGCUCGAGGAGGUCGCCAUCAAGUGGAAGGCGGCGCUUGGCAAAAAAAAGCAACCCAUGUAG